AUGUCAGAAUCUCAAGAGGACACCUUUUCAUUUAGUGAUAUAUUAUUUGACAAAAAUGGUAAAUUCUGUUUAUCUUGUUCUGCAUAUCGUGGAUUCCAAUAUGUUACCACCAAAAUGAGUGAUCAAUACCAAAUGUAUAGGAAAAAUCAAGAAAUUACUUCGAAUGAUAAAGAAAGUAUCAAUACCGUCACCAGCACCACCACCGCCACUACUACUUCUAUUGUAUCAAAACAAGAUAGUAUUAUUACAGAAUCUGUUAAUAAUGAAUUAAUACCAGGAUCAAGAACUUAUAUAAAAGAGGAUCCACCUGACGUACAAAAAUUGGGGGCAGCAUCAUGGACAUUUUUACAUUCAAUGGCAGCUAAAUACCCUGAUAUGCCGACAGAAGAAGAGAAACAGGAUAUGACCGAAUUUUUAAAAUUAUUUUCUCAUGUGUAUCCAUGUACUUGGUGUGCUUCUGAUUUUGAAAAAUAUAUCACAAAACAUUCUCCUAGAGUAGAAUCCAAGGAAGAACUAAGUAGAUGGUUGUGUGAAGCACAUAAUCAUGUCAAUACCAAAUUGGGUAAACCAAAAUUCAAUUGCAAUUUCUGGAGGCAAAGAUGGAAGGACGGCUGGGAUGAAUAG